AUGAGUUUCGUAUAUCCCACUUCCACGAAAGGAAGCUUGGCGGGAAGCUUUUCGCACCCGACCGGCGAGCAUGUAAAUAGUCAUGGACAUCUUGGAUGGUUCGUUACUGGACUGUUCGUCGUCGGUGAUUUGGCCGGCGGCGGUCUUGUCGCGUUGCCGACAGCUAUGAUUCAAUCUGGUUUCUGGGGUGGUCUCGUCAUCACAACAAUUAUGACCCUUGUCGUUACCUAUACAGCCUACGUCUUGGGAUUAUCAUGGAAUAUCCUUUUAGAAAGAUGGCCCGAAUACCAUUCCCAUUGCCGAAAGCCCUAUCCCGAGAUUGGAUACCGAGCCCUGGGUGUACAUAUGAGGCGUUUUGUAUCAAUUUGCAUUGACGUCACGCAGUUCGGAAUCUCCGUUGUGUACUUGUUGCUGUCGUCGAAGAAUAUUCAUGACUUUUUGAAGGCCUUCUUCAAAUCCGACCUGUCUUUCUGCAUUGUCGUCCUGUGCCUGGCCGUUUGCCUGCUUCCAAUUACCUUCUUGAAGUCGCCGAACGAUUUCUGGUGGGCUGUGGUUAUUGCGAUGAUGACAACCUCAAUCGCUGUCAUUCUAAUCCUUGUUGGAUCAGUUCUGGAUUAUGACAAGUGCCAUAGUGAAAAAGCCAUGCCAGAUUUCCAUGUGACCAACUACUUCCUGGCCCUCGGCACGUUUUUGUUUGCGUAUGGUGGACACUCGGCUUUCCCUACUAUCCAGCACGACAUGCGUAGACCCCAGGAAUUCACCAAGUCCGUCAUCUUGGCCUUCACGAUUAUGGCCAUUAUGUACUUCCCUGUCUGCAUCAUGGGAUACCUGACCUACGGUAACUCCGUCCGUGACUCCAUCAUUAACUCCAUCCAGAUCACCGGCAUCCAACAAGCCAUCAACAUUUUGAUCACCAUCCAUUGUAUCCUUACCCUAACAAUCGUCUUCAACCCGCUUAUGCAGGAAGCUGAGGAGCUGUUCAGGGUUAAGCAACACUUCGGAAUCGGACGUGUUAUUGUCAGAACCUCGAUUAUGAUCGCUGUAGUAAUCGUUGCUGAAACUAUCCCAACUUUUGGACCUCUGCUCGAUCUUGUCGGUGGUUCUACUCUGACAUUAACAUCUAUCGUAUUCCCGUGCGUCUUCUAUCUAUGGCUUGCCGCCGGAAAACGAAAAGCAGAAGUCGAAAAGGGUUGUGAUGAUGGGCCUGUCUCAUUCAGGGAGAUGGUUAAGUACACGCCCAGGGCCACACUCUACACUUGUUUAUUCAUUAUUGUGUUCGGAUUGAUCGGCGGCUGCGCGGCCACAUACUCGGCCAUUAAGGAGUUGACGUCAUCUAGUGUAUUCACGACACCAUGCUAUGCACGAGGACGAGGAUUUAUUCAUGCUGACGGAGAAGAUGCGGCCCAUACCAAUUGCUGUGGACACUGUCAGAAUAUCGCCACAAGGAGUGGCGUAACCUGUGCCCAGCCAGCCCUCGACUUCUACCACGACGAGGCAUCCAAGUACAGUGUCUGUUCUGCUGUAAAUAUGACCACCCAAAUUAUCGGCUCCACCUUGUCCUCUGCACUCCCAAAUCUGUUUAAUGGUUUCAACUAU